AUGUCUUCCGCGCGAGGCGCUGCGGGCGCCGUUAAACCUAAGCUCCACAACGUGAAUAGUAUCUACGCGGGCAAGAAUCAAAACGCCGUCAAGGCGCCCGGUGUGGGCAAGCAUGGUGGACUUCAAAGUCUUGGUAAAACAACAGCGGUGGUACGUCGUAUGCCACCACCAGCCACGUUACCUUCGCUAAGAGCAGAAAGUCAAGGACAAGAUCCUAAUAUCGCACUUGUGCCACAGGGUGGCACUGGUUGGGCCAAAGGGGAUACAGGCACAACAAAUGGCCAAACAGCAGAUUUUCAUUCGGUAGUAAAGUCGUCAGUCAACUUGACGGGAUCCACAUCAACAACAACAGCUACAUUAAGUACAUUAAGCGGAAUAAGCAGCGGCAGCGGACCGCAUACAGCCGAUUUACGACCAACAUGGGCGAAACAACCGAAUGUUGCAGAAGCGCAAGCAGCAGCACUGCAGAAUGCAAAUACAGUAUCGGCCUCAUCGAGGGAUUUCCCAUCACUUGCGGCUGCUACUGCAACCAUUGCAAAACAGUCCAGCAAUGCUUUAACCGAAAGUCUCAAGCCACAGAAGUCUGGAAGUUGGCGUGCCGGAGGCAGUUCAGCAGUAUCACGAAACGAAGGGGAUGUACCACAGGUGACGCUACAUUCGAACUCGGGACUAUCUUAUUUAUCUGCUACUGUAAAUGCACGUAUUGCAGAAAGACAGUUGCCCUCUCGUUACUACGAUACAACAGCAGUGCCACCACCACCACCUCCAAAUGGUACAUUCCAAGUGCCGAAACUUCAACCAGUUGUGUCUGUUUCCAGUUCAGGUCCUUUGGAAACAUUAAACAGUCAUUCAUUACCAAAAGAAAACGUGCCAAUACGAAAAACAAGUUGUCCAUGCACAACAACUGUUCCUUUAACAACGCCUCAGUAUCCAGCAAACAUAGCAGUUCCACCUCCAAAUUACUCUCGACCACCACCAAGUUAUGUUCUAGCACAGACGGAUUCUGCACGAAGCGAGUCAAAUUAUGGUGCACACUUGCAGCCAUCCGAAAACGGAACAGAUGGAAAGCAAGUACAGCCGAAAAGUGGACUUGGCGAAGAAGGUUGCGGCAAUCGAAGAUAUUUGGAAAAAGUGAAAGACGGUGUUAUGCUCGAAACUCAAAUAACGGUAUCAAGUGAUAUUCAGCCGAAUUAUGCUCGUAGGGUGAUGUGUGAUAAUCGAGGUGUUGAUUUCGACGGAUUCACCUCUAGAGGUAACAGUGAGUGGCAGAGUACCACGUAUGGUAGUAAUGAUGAAGAAACUCACAGAUGGCUUCACACUAUUAGCUGUUCUGGUCAGGAAUCACAGCAGUGUGCUCCAGAAUUCUCACAGAAUGGUUAUACUCGUGAUCGCGACGAAGAGUUGGGUCGCAGGCAGAAUAUUGAACGUGAAGCGGCUAUCGAACGUUCGCGCCAGAAAAGACGUAUGGCUAGUCAAAGCUCAGCACUAUCGGAAAGCGAAGGUGGUAGCGUACCGUCGGGUUAUGGAUCAGUUAGAGUGAUGAAUGCAUAUGAAAAUGAUUCAUAUCCUGAAUGGGAUCAAUCUGUUCGUGGCAGCUUUGGAUUACAAAAGAAUAAUGAUGAUCCAGUAGAUCGAGUUGGGGAAUGCUGGGGUGUUGUGGGUGGAUACGAUGUAUCUACUCGACGUGAUGAGCAGGAAACAUUACAGCGAAUCGAAUUUCGAAUGCUGAAACGCCCGGAAAGUAAGGGAGAUAUCGCACAGCAAUUAUCCCAAAUGGGUGUACAAGACAGUGACACACAUGAUGAAGAUGAAGAAUUACAACUAACAAAACUUUCGAGGCCAGCAGCAAAAGUCGUGAAAAGAAUGGCUCCUGGAACUAUUCUACCGAUCGAAAGAGGAAUUAAUCAGUCCUCCGAAACAGCUAACCCACAAACACAACGCAAACCGACACAGCAACAAAAAAAUGUUGACAAGAGGAGUUGCGAUUCACGUAUUCAGGGACACCAGCAAAAGGCACUGUUUCAUCAUGAGAUUGAUGGCAAUUCGUCGAAUGAAUGGGUGACUCAAAAACAAAAAACUUCGUUGGAUAGUAUGUCACAACAGUCACAUACAACAACAAAAACACGGGAAGAAGGAGUCGAGGGUGCCAUAAAAGCACAAUCAGUGUUAAUUGCACCACCACCGGCAGAUAACGUCUGGGAAAAACGAGCAGAGGAACGCGAAAGUGCUGAAAGAGAACGUGCGGCACAGCAGGAUACCUUAAAUCAAAUGCGUUUACAGCAGCAGUUCCCUGCAGUAAAUGAACAAUCAGGGAAUGAGCAGCAAAAUGGUCGAAAAACUGGUAAUAGAAGUCGAAAUCGAGAUGCGCAUAAGUGGGUGGAGAAGAAAUACAACUACGGUCAGCAGCAUGAUGGAUUUUGCGUUCCAGAUCAUUAUGCAGCUGAAGAAGAGGAAGAUGGAAAUGUAGGGACAGAUGGAAAUGGUGGACUUUUCCACGGUCAGCGUGAAUUUGUGAAUUCUCGAGUUCAUCGUUCCGGGCGCGGUUCAUCGUUAAUAAAUUCUCGUGGUAACAGAAGCUAUGGUUGCGGUGGCUUCUUGGGAAUACGUCGUGGUGGCAGUAUGCCACAUCAACAUCUUGGUACUGGACAAGCACAUCGAGUUCAAAAUAGGUGUGAGCGAAAUCAGCGCCGUGGGAAAUGUCAAGAACCUCAGGAAGAUAAUUUCUCGAAUAUGGGCGAAUUUCGUGUUGAGGAUACUUAUGUGAAUGUACCAUCCGUUAAAGAACCAUUAACAGAAGAAAAAACAGAGGAAGAUAAGGUUUUUAGUGCUGUAGGUGUACUGCCGGAUCAGGAACGUCAUAUGCAGAGUAGAAAUAUCACUCGUCAGAGUGGUUCUCAUCGUAAUGCACAGCAGUUAUAUGAGCCAAAGAAACGUCAAGAAUAUAGUCGCACUGGAAGAAGAGGUGCUCGCAUCGGUUCAGCAAAAAUUAAUUCUCAGCGCACUAGUGAUGUCCGAGCAACAGGUGCCUAUCAAAAUUCACCCGAAAAAGGAAAACGGAAAAAGGCUAAUGAAGAGCAUAAAGUGGUAGGUAAUGGAAGUUCAUCUCGAACUCAUGGUGAUGGAUCGUACAGACGGGGCGGGAUUCGAGGAGCACACAAUAUGCGUCGACGUAGGCAUUCUGGUGGCGUACGUCAAGAAAGUGGUCAUGGUAAUGGUCAGUCAUGUUGUGGGGGUGCUGAGCGUGCACCUCAGUUAAAGUCACCGGUUACUUCAGAAGGACAUGAAGAAUGGGAAACAGCUUCCGAGAGUAGCGAUUUCGCAGACCGACAAAAACAAGUACGGCGUCAGAAUGCUCCAUCGAAGUAUAGUAACUCACGCAGAACUAUUCGCUCCAGCAAUGGACGUCGUGAAGGCGGUACCGGAGCUGUGCUCAAUCGUAAUACUAAUAGUUCAAAAAACGUGAAACCCGCCAGCACUACGUCGCACAUGGCCACCCGCGGUGCCCAGUUAGCAAAGGAGCAGGAAACAGCGCCGAUAACACAGGGUGAAGCAGCACGAAGAUCUGAUACCUGCAAAGACGGGCUGGCGGGAGUAGACAUCAACAAUGCAGGUGUAAUCGUGAUUGAUGAUCGUCCAGAUGAACAAGUGGAUGAUGCUAUGGAGAAUAAUGAUGAUUUCGAAGAAGUAUUAUCUAAGAAAAGUAGGAAACUGCGACAGCAACAAAUCAAUGAACAGUUAGAAGCAGAAGAACGUCGAAAAAUUAAGGAAAAGGAGAAAAUGGAGCGACGGAAAGCACGAGUGCAAGCAAAACGAAUAGGAAAAAAAUCAUCAGCAAAGAAUGAUCGUAUUGGUCCAAACGGUGCUAAUUUAGUUAAUGAGGUUGCUACGAAAACGAAUACCAUGAAUACAAGUAAUAAUGGAGUGAGAGAUGCUAGUAGUGGUGUGAGUCGUCCAAUUUUAACAAAUGCACAGAAUACCCUCAACACUACUGUUUGGAACAGCUCGAUUGUUCGUGAACAAUCAACAGACCCAUCACCACCAGUUGAAAAUCGUCCGGUAAUACCAUCACCAAUAGCUCGUCCUACACCAAAAGUGAGCACCUCUUCUGGCUCGGGAGUAAACGCUUCGGUGAAAAAGGAAGUUGACUUAUGGACAGGAGCGGAGGGAGAACAACAGCUUCAUACUGCACGAAAGCUUUCGGAUGGCACGGUGAAAAAGAACAAUGCAGAAUUUACGACGAAUUUUAAUACUGGUACUACAACUCGUGGAGAAAAUGGACAAUAUCAAUUUACAUUUGAUCCUUCCUUACAAGACAAUACGCAGAGCUUGAAAGGGUCAUCAAAAGAAACGUUGGUAGCGAAACAUGAUGGUGCUUCACCUCUGGCAAAUGUCGCGCUUGAAGCAAACGAUGAUGAAUGUCUGAAGCAAAGACUAGAUAAAGUAAAAGAUUUUUGGCAUGGACAGCAACAAUUUGCAAAUAAUUUACUUGGAAAUGGUAACGAAAAUACAACAAUUGCACCACUGGCUGCUGAAAAAAGUGGAUCUACUAAUGUUGGAGUUUCAUCAGUAUCACAUGGUCCAAAUGUUGCGAAAGUAAGACCACAGCCUCAGGCAAGUGAGCAAGUUGCAAACAGUGCCACAGUAAACUUGAAAGAAACGAAUUCGUCUACUCCGUUUGUUCCGCUGCUUCCACCACCUUCUCCUAUUGCAUGCUUACCACCAGGAGCUUAUCUGCAGUCUCUUACGCAAGUUCCACCACCGGCACCAUUUCCUCAUUAUUCAAUGGUAUUUAGCGAACCAUAUAACCCUAAUUCGUCGACUACUUCUGGUCAGACGCUAAUUGGUAAUGCCAUCCCAUCAAAUCAAACUCAAACAACACGCUCGCGACCUGGUUCAUUUGUCGAGCAGUCGCAGCUCUUCAUUCAUCCUCCUCCCAAUGGUGCAGCGGGGAAUAGUAUGACCUGGUCGAAUGCUAAUCCGCAAAUUGAGUUACUGGCCGGAAUCAACGCCACACCUUCGCUUGCAUCGCAGUCCGUCAGUACUGUGCAACGUUUCCAAGUUAGUUCGCCUCGGUCUGCUUCCGCAUUUGGUCCAGUGCCGUCGGUUUUGAGCAGUAAUGCUAAAAUCCCACAUCUGGGACGACCACCGCCUCAUCAUCAGGUUCCUCCACCACUACACCCUCCACAUAAUUUCAUGGCUCCUCCUCCAGAUUUUGUUUCUUUACAAGGCACUAGUUUGGGUGCUGUAGGUAGUCAACGCAGUGGCGAAACUCAGAGUACAAUUAAUAAUCCAUUGGCCAGAAAUACGAAUACUAUGGGACAAAUUCCGCACUUGCAGCAGCCUUUAAACUUUUCUCAAGCGUCCCAAACUGGUUACUCUAUGUCGGCUGCUGCUACUUUUAAUCAGGCACCACAACUUCAUGCAUUCACAGCUCCACCACCACCAAUACGCUAUCCGGCUGUUCCACAACUUGCCAGUAAUGAUGCGAAUGGCAUUAUGACAGCUGCUUGGACAAGAGCUCCUGCACUUCCUUUCAAAUAUACAAAUGGUGCUGUUCUUCCAGCAAAUCGUACUGCGCUAUCACGUUAUCAGUCAUCGGAUCGUUGGACAGUUCCAGUAAGCCUUUCAGUGCAGUACCACGGUGCACAAAAUUAUCAGCAUCAGAAUGCUAGUAAAGACGGUAGUGAUACAGUUAUUCAUGGAAAUAUUGAUCGCUUUCAAGGGGCACACGUGAACAGUACUCGUGGCCCGACACCGGAAGAAAGUGUUCGUGCAAGUUCUGUGUCUAGUGUUUCGGCUCCCGGCCCUACAACUGAAUCAUUGGAUAGUUCAAAUCGACAAAAAACAGCUAAAGUUUAA